AUGCUUGGUGUUGUUCAAGGCUGGAAGUGCCCACCACAAAUGGUUGACUUCAUCUCAAGUUUAGGGUGGGGUGCAAACAACGAAUCUUUUGGUAAAGUUGAUUAUGGGAUUUCCCAAAAAUAUAAUCUUGAAUCUUUAGGAUUCACAUUGGAGCCUACUUUACCUGAGCCUUCUUCUCCAUCUCCAUCUUCAUAUCCUAUACAGAAAGAAACUCCAUUGUUGAUACCUCCUAGUCCUGUGUUGGAGAAGAAUGAAGUAGAACAUGUGAAUGCAAUAAGUGAAGAAGAAGAAGGAAAACAAGUGGCAGAUUCAAUUAAAAUAUAUCAACUUUCACAAAGAAGAACCAGGAGACCUUUUUCAGUGUCUGAAGUACAAGUGCUUGUGGAAGCUGUUGAGACCCUGCUUGGAGCUGGAAUAUGGCGUGAUGUUAAAAUGCGUGCUUUUGAUGAUGCAAACCAUCAAACUUACGUGGACUUGAAGAUUUUUAAAAGUUUCUCUGAAUUUUUUGUUGGUACCUGGUGGUAUCGGAUCCAAGAAUGGAGCUACUUUAUUCUUAAAGAGCUACUUUAUGCAGACCCUUUUGAUGUGGAGGCACAAAAGAAAAUGAGAAAUAACAACAUUGAAGCUAUCAUGGAUCGAAGGUUGGGCAUUUAUUGCAUUUGA